UGGGGCGGGCGGGGAGCGCAGCAUGCUGGCCGCCUCCCGGGGCCGCCGCCGUCGUCGUCGUGGGGGUUGCUGCCGCUGCGGCCGCCGCCGCCCAUGGAGCUCGCGCUGGUAACGCUGGAGAACGGAGGCGCCACGGCCAUCGGCGGCGAGGCUGGCGGCGGGCGGGCGCCGCGGCGCAGGGGGGACCUGCUCCAGCUGCCCACCUCGGCCGCCUGGCUGAGCGAGUGCGGCGGCAAGGAGGGCUGCCCGCAGGCGGCGGCCGAGCAGGGAGAGGCGGCGGCGGCGGCGCCCGGCGGCAGCUCCUGUGCGCCGCUGCCGCGCGGCCUCCUCCUGCGCCCCCCGCCGCCGCCUCAGCCGCCUGAGGAGGCGACGCUGGCGCCCGAGGAAGGCCACCACCGGCUGGGCAUGGCCAUGGCGCGGGGCCCCUCGUCGGCCGGCGGGCCCUCGUCGUCGUCGGCGGCCGAGGAGGAGGAGGAGAGCAGCGGGGCCCUGCCCAGCCAGCAGCGCGUGCUCAUCAACAUCUCCGGCCUGCGCUUCGAGACCCAGCUGGGCACCCUCAACCAGUUCCCCGACACGCUGCUGGGCGACCCCCAGAAGCGCAUGCGCUACUUCGACCCCCUGCGCAACGAGUACUUCUUCGACCGCAACAGGCCCAGCUUCGACGGCAUCCUCUACUUCUACCAGUCGGGGGGCAAGCUGCGCCGCCCCGUCAACGUCUCCAUCGACGUCUUCGCCGACGAGAUCCGCUUCUACCAGCUGGGCGAGGAGGCCAUGGAGCGCUUCCGCGAGGACGAGGGCUUCAUCAAGGAGGAGGAGAAGCCCCUGCCCACCAACGAGUUCCAGCGCCAGGUGUGGCUCAUCUUCGAGUACCCCGAGAGCUCCAGCUCCGCCCGGGGCAUCGCCAUCGUCUCAGUCCUCGUCAUCCUCAUCUCCAUCAUCACCUUCUGCCUGGAGACCUUGCCCGAGUUCCGCGACGAGCGGGAGCUCCACGUGCCCCUGCUCUCGCCCCUCAACGCCACCCCUGGGGAGGCCCCCCAGCAGCACCAGCAGGCCCCCAGCACCCUGACUGACCCCUUCUUUAUCAUUGAGACCACUUGUGUCAUCUGGUUCACCUUCGAGCUGCUGGUGCGCUUCUUCGCCUGCCCCAGCAAGCCCGAGUUCUCCAGGAACAUCAUGAACAUCAUUGACAUUGUGGCCAUCAUCCCCUACUUCAUCACCUUGGGCACCGAGCUGGCUCAGGAGCAGCAGAAGAAAGAGCAGCCCGGCAGCGCCAGCAACGGGGGUCAGCAGCAGGCCAUGUCCUUGGCCAUCCUCCGGGUCAUCCGCCUGGUCAGGGUCUUCCGGAUCUUCAAGCUCUCCAGGCACUCCAAGGGGCUGCAGAUCCUGGGGCAGACUUUGAAAGCCAGCAUGAGGGAACUGGGGCUCCUCAUCUUCUUCCUUUUCAUCGGGGUCAUUCUCUUCUCCAGCGCUGUCUAUUUUGCCGAGGCCGAUGACCCUGAGUCACAUUUCUCCAGCAUCCCCGAUGCCUUCUGGUGGGCGGUGGUCACCAUGACCACAGUGGGCUACGGAGAUAUGAGGCCUGUCACCGUAGGGGGGAAGAUUGUGGGCUCCUUGUGUGCCAUUGCGGGUGUGCUCACCAUUGCCCUUCCUGUCCCUGUUAUCGUGUCCAACUUUAACUACUUCUACCAUCGAGAAACGGACCACGAAGAGCAGGCCAUUCUCAAGGACGAACCCAGCAGUGCUCAAGGCAGCUCCGCUGGGGACCUGAAGAGACGCAUGAGCAAAAACUCUUUUGACAAAUCUGUUGUGCACUUGGAGAACAUUGAAGGGGUCAACAACGGGACCGGCUCAGUAGAGAAAGCCAACAUUAAAGCUAAAAGCAGCGUAGAUCUCAAAAAAUCUCUCUAUGCACUCUGUCUAGACACCAGUAGGGAAACAGACUUAUAGGGCAUGGGACAACGAGGGGGGUGUGGGUCGCUGGUAUGGAAUCGUUGGGAAGGGUUACCUAGCACUGCCAUUUAGUAUUUUAAAUUAGGGUAUAUUUUACAUAGGGUAGUUAUUCUAAAGAAACCUCCGGGAAAUGCAAGGAUUUUAAAAAAUAUAUUCUUUCCCAUGACAUGGAGAGUGACAUCUGUAUAUGAAACCAGCUAAGAUGAAGCCAGCUCCACCAACCAGAGGCUUUGAUGCUCUUAACAAGUGCAAUGGAUGCUGCUGGCAGAUAUUUAUUUUACUUUGAAAAAAUGCAAAGCGGUUUCUAUACAGAUCAUUUAUUGCACAAUUCUCUUGUCCACCCCUCUCCCCCCCCCAGUAAAUACCGUAAAUUAUUUGUUGGUACUG